UGGCAAUAGGACAAUCAACCUGUAUAUUGUCUUGGUUCAACCAAGUCAUGACAAAAGGACUGGCGAGAAAGAUGCUAACCUGCUGAUACUCAAUUUCAUCCUCUUCUCCCAACGAUUUUCCUCGGGGAUCGUGCAAGAGCCAAAAGUUCGAUGGUCAAGUUUCUUCCAGAAGAUCAUAAAGGCAAAAUUCUUCCUCGCUGCAUAUGUGACCCAAAAAUCGCCAUUUACCCAGCUCUGUCUCAUGGGACCAGAAAGUCUCUGUUCCUGUCUUAACCUGCCCUGUUGCAUAGCUGUUUCCUCGCGUUCGGUAAGAACUUUCAGGAAUGUCUGUAGACGACUUUCAAAUUGUUUUGCCCAAGCCUCUAUCCCAUCUGGCCAGUACUCAGGCUGUUCAAGAAGCAACCACCAUCGAGGUGCAUGGGAAAACUCAACUGGUGCUGCGUAUGCAAACUCCCAGUCAAUAACACCAACAAUCUGCAGGUUUUUGUUGACCAAUACAUUAGAGGGCCGAAGAUUGUCACACCAUAUCUUGAAAGGACCGUGGUCAUUUGCAGAAUGGGCAAGUCGGCCCUUUCUAGCAAGCUUGGAGAAAAGCUGUCUGGCGACAAGCUUACGUCGACAAUCGUCUGCAGAGUCUACUGCGUCAUUUCGUUGGUGGGAUAAAUGUUCAAGGUGUAAUUCGGCAUGACUGAUAGGUAGAGAGAUGUUGUACUAUGUACGUAUUUUGAUGCCUGAGGCAAAUUAAUUCCAUUCUAGGACUAGUGUAAU